AGCUCACCCACACAGAAAGAAAAAGGAAAGAAAAGGCCCAGAAGUUGCAUGUACCUUUCCUGGAGAGUUGCUGCAAGACUAAGGCUGAGAGAGACUUUCGCAUCUAGCCCAAUGAGCCAAAAGCUCUGUCCUUGUGUAACCAGCGCUAGAUUUGAAAGAUCUCACUCAAAAUCCUUAGCUCUGAAAUUGUCCCAAAGAUGCUAGUUGACCUUACUCAGACCAUUCCUUGACACUGCCUUGCCUCGGGUCAUUCUGCAGUUGGCCAACAUGAAGAAGAUGCUCUUCUCUGUCCUCCUCCUCCAAAUCUUGGGGUCUUUUGGCCAGGAAGGUUCAGGUCUGGCUGGGAAGCAACUUGUUUUUCCGAAGGCAUCAGACACUGCCCAUGUGGUUUUGAAGGCCACCCCAAAGCAGCCGUUGACCAGCUUCACUGUCUGCCUGGCACACUACACUGACCUGACUCGCCCCUACACCUUUUUCUCUUACGCCAGCCGGACAAACGACAAUGAUAUUGUCAUCGUCAAAGAGGGCCUCUACCUAUACAGCCUGAAUGUAGGGGGUGAAGUGGUGACCUUCAGAGCUCCAGAAGCACAGUUGCUUGGCAAGGUAGUCUUGUGUGCAUCUUGGGAUUCUACUACAGGGUUAGCAGAGUUCUGGAUGGAUUCACAGCGGAUGCCCCGAAAGGGCCUGAGAAAAGGUUACUCAAUCAGUGCGGAGGCAUCUAUCGUGCUCGGUCAAGAUCAGGACAUUAUGGGUGGUGGCUUUGACAUCAACGAUUGCUAUGUAGGAGAGCUCCAGGAUGUGAGGAUGUGGGACCGGGUGCUGUCCCAUGAGGAACUGCAGCUUGUUUGGCUCAACCAAGAGGUUCCCGGAGACUACAUCUUUAAUUGGGAAACAGUCAAUUAUGAAAUCAAGGGUUAUUGUUAAGCCCUCAGCCUAAUGAGGCAG